AUGCUAGAGAACGUCUAGAAGAAGCUACUAAUGAAAAUGAGGCAAAAAGUAUUAAGGAUGAAAGUGAAGUGAGAAUCAACGAAAUUAUAUCCAAACUUUCGCAGGCAUUUAAAUUUAACGAUUUAGUUCGGGCGAAAGAAUUGACCAUAAGGCUUCAAUAUUGGUAUAACAUACGAGAAGCUGCUGUUGGAUGGGAGCAAGGAAAACCGAUCGAGAUUCAUCAUUAA